CUGCAAAGCAACAGGAAACACACCCAAAAAUUUCACAUCACCGUCAGGAUUCGCGAGCAACUACCUUUCCUCUCAAGCAUUAACCAGCCGUUCAAUGAGCCGCCUUGUCGGCUUCGGAUUGCGCUUGUUUCAAAAAGCGGGCACAUUGAGUGGGAAGUGCUGUCCAAAGUCAACACGAUCGGAAUCGGACUUGGGACGUCUGCAAUGGAUCAUCAGCAACCUUUGAUUGAGCUUGCCAUCAUCAUUCUGAUCCUGGCUGCUCAUUCAAAAGGUGAAACAUGGGGUGUGAAAGUCAACCGAAGCAUCACCGCAGUGAAAGGCCAAAGUGUGACCGUUCCAUGUACGUUCAGCUACCCACCCAUGUACCACACAGAAAACCUUGGGCUGUUCUGGAAACUCUUCCAGAGAAGCGCAUUCAAGACCUACGACCUGGAUACCAACGCGUUCAUUUAUCACCCCAAUAGCACAUUUGUGGUGACGAGAUAUCAAGGAAAGACCUCGUUGAUAGCAAGGAAAAACGGCAGGAGCUGCACCCUCAAGAUUAAAAACCUAAUGGACAGCAAACUGGUUAUUUACUUUCGGAUCGUUGCCAAGAAAAGCUUUAGUUUUUAUAACCAAAGCGUCAUGAUAACUACGUCAGGGCUAGAUGCUAUGCCAGGCACAUUCAAUCCAGGCAUUAUUUUCCCAACUUCAGCCAUUCCAAAAGAUUCACAAUCGCUAAGCAACAGAAAUAUGUUACAAACAAUCUGCAUUGCCGUCUUUGUACCGCUUGCGGCCGUUGUUAUCCUUCUCGCUGCUGGAUUGCUCCUUUGGAAAAGGCACGCAAGAUCACAAUCAUUUGGAAGGGAGGGCUCUGGAUAUUAUGCCAACUUCAGCAGAAAAUCGCCAAACCAAGCCACCAGAAAAGAAAUGAACAACAAACACAACGAUAAAAAGCUUCCAGAGAGCAAGGUUAUAGAGGAACCUGUUUAUAUUAAUUUACAGCAAGCUACAGGUCAACCGGACGGACGAGGAGGGGAUCACAGCAUAUACGAAAAUGUGGAUCACGCACUCUGCUAGCUUGUCGGCCACUGAAAGUGCACGGCUCGCCAAAUACAGCGAAUGAAUAAAGGUGCUCAUCACACAUUUGUGAGUAAACAAAUCAUUGUGUUGCAUGUUCAGAUCUUCCAGUCCAGGGUGGCCAAAAAUCAGAUGAGAUUGGCUCAUAUUCACCCAAGACCAUCAUCAGGACAGCCGUGAAAGAAAAUUGAUACCACUGGGAUCGAAACAGGAGGUCCAAACUUUGAAAAAGGGUUUCCCAUUCCCAGUUGCUAAUGGUGUAGUGGUACGCUCACCUGACUUGUGUGCGGUCGCAAUGGGUUUGAUUCCCACUCAGUGACGGUGUGACUGCUUGUGCGUCUUUAUAUGUGCCCUGCGACUGACUGACGACCAGUUCAGGGUGUCUUGCCUUUUGCCCGGCCGGAGUCAGCUGGGACAGACUCCAGCACCCUCCCAUGACAUGUUCAGGAUAAGUGGUGUUGAAAAUGGAUGGAUGGAUGGGUCUCCUAUUCCAUUAAA